AAUGUAUGGGGAGCUUUGCUCCACUUACGAGAGCGCCUCGCUUCGCAUGUUCCGUCUCGGGCGGACGGACACCAUUCGCUCGACCUCCGUGGAUGUGCUGAAGUUUGUCCAGUCCAUGACUGCGGACAACAUACAGGAUCAGGAGAAGGCAGAAUUGUUGAGACGAGCCACCCAAGCACACCGAAGCUAUACGGACAUGGCCAUAAAGGGAAAUGCGAUUGAUCGUCAUCUUUUGGGCCUGAAGCUUCAAGCGAUCGAGGAUCUGGUGAGCAUUCCUGAACUCUUCAUGGACACCGCCUACGCCGUGGCCAUGCACUUCAACCUCUCCACCAGCCAGGUUCCCGCCAAGACAGACUGUGUGAUGUGUUUUGGCCCGGUGGUGCCAGACGGCUACGGCGUUUGCUACAACCCCAUGGAGGAGCACAUCAACUUUGCCGUCUCGGCCUUCAACAGCUGCAGCGAAACCAACGCUGCCCGGCUGGCCCAUUACUUGGAACAGGCCUUGCUGGACAUGCGGCUUCUGCUCCAGUCCACCCCCAAGUCCAAACUUUAAGAGGGGGAAGCCCUGGAGAGGCGAACUGCCUGCUCAACUUACUGUCAGCUGGGUGGCCUUCAUCCUGA